GACCGAUCAACUGAUCAGCCAACCGUCAUGCCUGCUCACGAGGAUACCUUCAACGAGUCCACGUUGAAGCGGACGGAGUCUGGUGGGCCGAGUCCUGCCACGGGAUCCCAACGAAAGGCCUCUCAGGAUGAGCAUCCGGCGUCCACAAACUCCUCUUCGUCGCUGAAGCUUCUAGGGUGCACUAACGGCAAUCAGGAAGGAAUUAUGAAAGGGGAUUUCCGCAGCGUACCACGCCGGGAUGUUCAUGAGAAGCUCUUCAGAGACUUCUUCGAGCUCGUGUUGCAGCAAGCAGUGUUUCAGUCCACCUCUGGCAAAGAUCGAGUAGUCGAAUGGGUGGACCCUUAUGAUUUGCGAUCCGUGGUCGACCUCUCAUUGCCGGCUGAGGGUGUCAACCACGAGGAGUUACUGAUGCUGACGCGCGACAUCAUCAAGUACAGCGUCAAGACGGGCCAUCCGCACUUCGUGAAUCAGCUUUUCUCCAGUUUAGACCCGUACGGAUUGCUGGGUCAAUGGCUGACCGACGCUCUCAAUCCAUCCGUCUACACCUACGAGGUGUCCCCGGUAUUCUCGCUGAUGGAGGAAGACGUGUUGCGGCAGAUGCGCUCCAUCAUCGGUUGGCAGAGCGGCGAGGGACUCUUCUGUCCGGGUGGCUCCAUGGCGAACGGAUAUGCCAUUAAUCUUGCGCGCCACCAUAAAUACCCGAAGCUGAAACAAUGCGGACUGUCGCAGAUGCCGCGACUAGUGGUGUUUACGUCAGAGGAUGCGCACUAUUCCGUGAAGAAGUUGGCGGCGUUCCUCGGCAUCGGCUACGACAAUGUGUACCUGGUGAAGGUCGAUUCCCGGGGUAAGAUGGUGGUUGCCGAUCUGGAAGCUCAGAUCGCCCGGGCCGUCAUGGAGGGUGCCGCGCCAUUCAUGGUGUCCACCACCGCGGGUACUACUGUGAUGGGAGCGUUUGAUCCUCUCAGAGAGAUCGGCGAGGUCUGUAGGAAGCAUGGGCUGUGGUUCCAUGUAGACGCCGCCUGGGGUGGCGGUGCUCUCGUCUCAAAAAUGUAUCAUGGCCUCCUAGACGGCAUUGAACUCGCCGACUCUGUUACGUGGAACCCGCACAAGUUGCUUGCCGCACCACAGCAGUGUUCGACCCUCUUACUCCGAUACGAAGGUCUACUACAAGCGGCGCAUGGCUGCGGCGCGAGCUACCUCUUCCAGAACGACAAGUUCUAUGACGCGUCAUUCGACUGCGGCGACCGACACGUACAAUGCGGUCGUCGCGCCGACGUCCUCAAGUUCUGGUACAUGUGGAAGGCGAAGGGCACGCGCGGCCUCGAGGCGCACGUGGACCGCGUGUUCGCGCUGUCGCGUCACUUUGCCGAUCUCAUCAGGACGCGCGAAGGUUGGCGCCUGCUUGCCGAGCCGGAGUGCACCAACGUCUGCUUCCGCUACGUGCCGCCGUCGAAGAGGUGCCUGAGUGGUCCGGAACUGGAUCAGGCGCUGCACAAGAUCGCGCCGAUGAUCAAGGAACGCAUGGUGCGAGCCGGUACGAUGCUGAUAACGUAUCAGCCGCUGAGGGAUAUGCCAAAUUUCUUCAGACUGGUGCUGCAGAACUCGGGACUAACGGAGGCAGACAUGAAGUUCUUCGUCGAGGAAAUAGAGAGGCUCGCUGUAGAUAUUUGAACAGUUCAGUUUCAGUUUCUUAUUGUAAAUAGCGAUAAAAUAUGUAUAUGUAUUACUAUUAUUUUAAGAAAUAAAUAGGUGCAUUUAGUACCAUUUAGUACUA